GAGGCAUGAUCGCUACGUCCCGUGUUGAAUCAGUAAACGGAUGCUUAAAAAACUUGUUGCAUAAUUUCAAUGUUUCGUUAUGUGAACUUGUAUCAGAAAUACACAGACUACUUAAUCUUCAAGACAUGGAAAAUGAAUAUAGAUUUUGGCGUGCAGCAAUACCGAAUGCUUGGAAUCAAGACAAAGUAAACUUUUUGUUUACUGAGAUUGAUCAAUGUCUCCAACGAUAUCUUAAACCUAACAUUUUGAAAAUGUUACGCGAUCAAAUAAAUCAAUCGGUAUAUUAUACUGCCAAUAGAAUUUCUCAACAAGAUAUAACUAAUGAAGAGGCAAAUGAGUUAUUGGAUAUUCAAGAGGACUCUAUUGAUGAGCCGCAAGCUACACUUGACCAAAUGAUUGAAUUUGCUGGAUUACAUAAUGUUAAAGAAAUUUGGGCAAUUACUGUUAGAAAUUCAUUAAAGAUUAAGCAUCAUAUUUUGAUGCUACAAAAUAAUUCAUAUCUAAUGCUGCCCUCUCAAUGGUACUCAACUGAUGAUACUGGGUCAGAAGAACCGUUUUUAAUGGCAGACAAGUUUACUCAAGAUAUGAUAACCUUACCAAAUAAUUCUCCAAUUCCUUAUUUGUAUCUUUUCAGAGAAGAAAGAGCAGACUUUCGUGAAGAGAAUAUGACAACUUUUGAGCAAAGAAUUGUUUAUGGAAAGCUUCACGGCAUGUAUAAGAAGGCUUUAAAUAAAGCAUUGGAGAACAAGUCAAAAUCUCAAGAGCUGAUCGAUUUACUUCAAGAUUUUGCUGAAGAUGAUAUCGAUGAUAAAUCAGAUAAAUCAAACGAUGAUAAUAAAUCAGAUGAAGAUCAGCAAAGUGAUAAUAGUAUUGAUAAAGAAAAUGUAAAUCCUCAAUUGCAAAAUCCAAGAAAGUGUAAGGGAAAGGGUCGUCCAUUAGGUACAAAAAGGCUCAAGUCUUCUUAUGAAGCUGUUAAACCUAAAGUGAAGCAACAACGUCGAUGCAAAAGAUGUGUAACGUUGGACAUUACCAAAAGAAUUGCAAAUAUGAAUGAUCUUAAAGAUGUUACGUUUUAA